CUGGGAGGAGCCUGCGCCAGGACUUGAGAUGUCAAUCAGAGGGUGAGUGCCAAUGAUCUGAAGCAAUCUGUUAGGAGCUGACCUGGGUCCACUCAGAUCAAUAGCACCAGAGGGAGAGGACAGAGUCACCGGGAGCCCUUGCAAGGACCAUCCGAGCCCUGGAAGCACUCUAGAUUCAUGACCAGGAGGAGGCUGAGAAGAAGACCCAAGUCCUAAGCGGGGUGCCGAUUCUCCAGUAGUGGCCCCCUGAGCUGUGACUGCUGCUGCACCAUGUCCUUCCCUCAGCUGGGAUACCAGUACAUCAGACCCCUGUACCCCUCUGACAGGCAGGCUGUGGGGGGCAGCAGGAGCGGAGCUGCUGAACUCUCCCCGGCUGGGACCCUCUCCAAUGUGCUCUCCUCCAUGUAUGCGGCUCCCUAUGCUGCAGCUGCAGCCGCCCAGGCUUAUGGAGCCUUCCUGCCCUACACUGCAGAGCUGCCCAUCUUCUCACAGCUGGGCUCCCAAUACGACAUGAAGGACAGUCCAGGUGUACAACAUGCAGCUUUUUCCCACCAUCAUCCAGCAUUUUAUCCCUAUGGACAAUACCAGUUUGGAGAUCCGUCCAGGCCGAAAAAUGCAACGAGGGAGAGCACCAGUACCCUCAAGGCCUGGCUCAAUGAGCACAGGAAGAACCCUUACCCCACCAAGGGGGAGAAGAUUAUGCUGGCCAUUAUCACUAAGAUGACCCUCACCCAAGUGUCCACCUGGUUUGCCAACGCAAGGAGGAGGCUUAAAAAGGAGAAUAAAAUGACCUGGACUCCCAGGAGCAGGACAGACGAGGAAGGGAACACCUAUGAAAGUGACCAUGAAGAAGACAAGCGAGAAGAUGAAGAGGAGAUAGAUCUGGAGAAUAUUGACACUGAGGACAUUGAGAGUAAGGAAGAUCUGGAUGAGCAGGACACAGACUUGCAUUCGGACUCUAAGACUGACGCCAGAAGUGACUCUGAGGGCUCUGAUGGCUUUGAGGACCUGAAUGCAGCUGAGGAGGACAGGUUCCUCAAGUCUGUAGUAGGGGACAGCAGGGUGCACGAUAAGUGUGAGCUUCCCGAGGAGGCCAAGUCCCUACAACCCACCUGUGAACAGCUCAAACUGGACAAUAUUUCCCCUAAUCCCUCCCAGGACAACAACCUGCCAGCGGUCCAUAAACCUAAAAUCUGGUCCCUGGCAGAAACUGCUACUGCUCCAGACAACCCCCGCAAGUCCCCCCAUACUACUGGUAACCCCCAGACCUUGAUAGCACAACACAGACUCAUAGCCUGUCCUGGAAGCAGGUUCCAGAGCUGGACGGGGAGGACCUUCUCAGCCCAGCAGCUAUCCUUACUGAACUCUGCUCACUUCCUACAAGGACUGAGUGUCCACACUGCACCGACCAACACAGGCAAUGCAGCCUUCCAUAAAACAGCCGGGGACCAGCACACAGCAGAGCCAGAAACAGACAGACCGAGCACGUUGGAUCUAGAGAAAAAAAUUCGAAGUACAGCUUUUCAACCGGUUCAGAGAAGGUCACAGAAUCAGCUGGACGCUGCCAUGAUCCUCUCUGCAUUAUCCUCCUCCUAACAUUUUCUUUUAAUUAUUAUCUUUUUCUAAUGUUAUUAUAUUUUUUUUACAUCUGUUGUAAUAACUGUAAUAUAUAUAUAUAUAUAUAUAUAUAUAUAUAUAUAUAUAUAUAUAUAUAU